AUGUACCGUAUUGGUGAUCAGAUGAGCAAAACCAGUCAAAGCAGAGAGAAUAGCAAUUCGAACUUAGAGGAGUGUAUGCAGAACAUCUAGAGCAAUCUAAAAAUGAUGUAUGGAAAGGAUGAAGAAGAAGUUCAUCUUGGAUCUUAUAAUGUUAAUGCGGUUUCAGGAUUUCACAGUUAAUUCCUUAGUAAUAAGGAUGAUCAAUACGAUUCUCAACGAAUGCAUUACACUUCUUAGCAAUCUAACGAUUUUAUGUUAGAGGACAAGAAUAAACAAAUUCGUUAACUCAAUAAAGAAUUAGCAGAUCUAAGGAAAGGAUAAUAGAUGACUUAAUUUGAACAAUAUGAACAUUAUUAAAAGAUAAUUGAUGGUCUUAAAAAGGAAAAUGUUCUUCUCCAAUAAAGAGUACUUAAUAACGAAGCUGUUUAAUAACUUAAUAGUGAUAGAGUUAUUGAACAACAGGAAUAGUUAAAAGAAUAUGAAUUGAAAUUGGAUUAACAACAUUAACAAAUCUCUAGUUUAAACUUACAAUUAAAGGAUGCUAAGGAUCAAUUGAAAUUGCAAGCAACUAAAUCUCAAAUUUCUAAAUAAGAGUAAUAAUGUCAAUCUAAACAAUACACUUAAAUAUAACAAGAAUAUGACGAACUUCAAAGAAGACACAUCAAAUAACAGUAAGAAAAUGAAAACAUGAAGGUUUUAAUCGAAUAGUUAUAAAAUGAUCUGGACAAAAGAUUAGAAACUUAGAGUGACUCCCAAGUAGUUGAAAUCAUUGAAUAAGUUCUAUAGACAAUAUCCCAAUUUGUAAGAGAAUAUGAUUACGAAUUACAAAAAUCAGAAUAUCAAUACAAGUUUUCUAAUGAAUUAAAAGACAUCAUCAAAGGAUUUAUUACCUAAAGAGAUUUAUCAAUUUGGCAGAGUAUUGAUCGAUUGAGUAGUUUGAUAAUCUCAUUAUUUGAACAACUCACCUUUGAUGUGAAAUAGAUUCAUUCUGAUAAUAUAAAGAUGAAAAAUAUGACAUUGCAAAUAGAAUCUUUAGAAUAGAUGACUGUUUAAUUAGAAUAAACCAUUAGUUAAUAUGAAAUUAUUAGUAACCAAUAGUAAAACUAUUUGAAAUUCAAUGAUGAUCAAAAUAAACAAGAAAAAGAAGAAUUAGUUAAUGUACUUAUAAAUAGAACCCUAAAUGAUUAGCAAAUGAAUUGUUAUGACAAAAUGAUAAAGAAUUUGGAAGAAGUUAAUCAAGCAUAGCAAAAUGAAAUUAAAGAUUUAAAAGACAAAUUAUCCUUUUAAAUUGAAUAGAAUUAGUUAUAUCAAAAAUAAUAUUAGGAGGAAUAACAUUAAUAGAAAAUAUAUGAAAGUAAAUUUAAAAAGUAACAUUAUGAUAGUCUAUUUUUGAAAGAAAUCAUGAAUAAGUUAGUCAUCCUGAUUGGCAAUGAAACCACCUCAAAAACUAUUGAACAAAUUUAAGAGAUCUAAUAGAAGGUAAAUGAUCAAUACUGUGAUGAAAUAGAUAUAAAAAGCAAGUUGGAAAUAAAAGAAUAAGAUCUUAAAAUAUAAAUUAAUGAGAAUAAAUUAAACAUGAAUGAAAUGAUUGAGAAAAGAAGAGAAAUUGAAGUUCUAAGAAAUACUUUAAGAAAUUGCCAAAAACAAAUAGAAAUGAACAAAGAAAAAGUUGAUAUGUUAGUCAGAGACUUAGAUCAUAAUGUGAUGUAAGAGAAGAGCCAAUAGUUUUCAGUCUCCUAUCUGCCAAAAACCUUCAAAAAAGAAAAUGAAAAUUUGGCCUAGAAAUUGCAAAAGACCAUGAGAAUGUGA